UGCUAUAUCCACAUUUAUUUGGCAUCAUGCUUCUGCGAGCUCUACCACUUCUCCUUGCACUCUUUGUCCUUUCCAAAAGCGACACUGAUGCUGGUGAAGAUUCGGAGGAGGACGACAGCGAAGACUGCAACAGGACGACUCUUGGUGGCCAUCCGGUGGACAUAAGCACAGCGCCAUGGAUCGCUUCCAUUUCGAUCAAGCAAAAGGCCAAGUGCGACGGAGCGAUAUACAAACUGAGUCACAUUGUGACAGCUGGGAAAUGCGUGGAUGGAUUCCUGAACAAGGCGAUCCGGGUACGAGUGGGUAGCACUACGCGCAGCGAUGGAGUCAUCGAAGUCGAAGUCUGCAACAUAACAGUUCACGAAAAGUUCACCGGCCAGACAGUACUUCACAAUCUGGCCAUACUAAAGUUGUGCGAACCGCUCCAGGCCUCCAAAAAGAUCCAGGCAAUCCAGUUGGCCAACCAGCUUCCGGCUAGUGGGGCCAAGGUCACGGCCAACGGCUGGGCCUCCUUCAGGUGGUGGGCAAUGUAUUGGAAGAAGUGUCUGGAUGAUGAAGCCUACAAGCUGCAGAAGGCCGAGGUCAAGCUAUUUGGCCCCAGGCAGUGCACAGAUCUGUGGGCACAAAACAAUUGGUCCAAAAAGAACUUCACAGAGGACUUGUUCUGCACCGAGAAGUUCGCUAAGGAGGCCUGCUCCUUAGCGAUGGGGUCACCUGUGGUCCACAACGGCAAACUGCUCGGCAUUAUAACGAAAGGCGGCUGUUCCGAGUAUCCAGAAGUGUACAUCAAUCUUAUCAGGUACAAGGACUGGCUGAAUAAUCACACCAAGUAAACUUAAACAAAUGUACGAUAAACUGCGUUCUCCCAAUUAAUUGUUAAAAAAUA